AAUACUGUUGAUAAAUUAGUUCAGCGAGCGAACGCCUCAUUAUUAAUAGGAACUUCAUCAUGGAAGGAGCAAUUUAUAGAAGCUUUAACUGUUAGCUCAAGUAAUGAGGAAGAGGAAAAAGUACCGUCCUGUUGCGAUUACUUCUUGCAUAGUAUUACGUUAUUUUGGAAAAUUCUGUUCGCAUUUGUUCCUCCAACUGAUAUUGCCAAAGGAUAUUUAUGUUUCGUGAUAUCCAUCCUAGGUAUAGGUGUCGUAACUGCCGUAAUUGGUGAUGUAGCAUCUCAUUUUGGAGCAACGUUAGGGAUAGAAGAUUCAGUAACGGCAAUUAUGUUUGUGGCGCUGGGUACCAGCAUACCAGAUACGUUCGCAAGCAAAGUAGCUGCCACCCAAGAUAAACAUGCGGACGCGAGUAUAGGAAAUGUGACGGGAAGUAACGCCGUAAACGUUUUUCUGGGAAUUGGCGUCGCAUGGUCCAUAGCUGCCAUUUACCACGAUGUACACGGAAAUAUAUUUAGAGUCAAUCCUGGAAACCUCGCAUUUUCGGUUACAAUAUUUUGUUCAGAAGCUGCCAUUACGAUAGUGGUGUUAUUACUGCGACGAACACGUUUCGUAGGCGGCGAAUUAGGAGGACCGACAUGUAUCAAAUAUAUAACAUCUGCAUUUUUAUUUUCGCUUUGGAUAUUCUACCUCGUUAUGUCAACGUUAGAAGUAUACCAUGUUAUCCAUGGGUUUUAAGUAGAUUUUAGGUAUUAAAAUUGUGUUCAAAUUACGAGACCAAUCAUGAAUUCGUACGUUUUGCCAAAUUCUGUCUCCAGCUCUUAGCUUUACUGUUAUUAUCUCAAACCCCGCCCUAUACUUCAGGUCCUCUCAGAAUAUUUCACUGUUUAUUAUAAAGUUCAGUCUUCAGCUGUUGAUUUUUUACCACUUCUAAGAGAAUACGCAAUUUUUCAGAGCGUCAUUAAAAUACAACGUACAAUAUUUUGUACCCAUUGAGUUAAUGAUGUGUAAGCUCCUAAUGGGCCGGGAAACAGUUUCCGUCUCAAAGCGUAAAUAUUCCUCCUGCUUACUGUUUGUAAUAAGAAAACCGGUAAGCUGCACUAAUAUUUAUUCUAUAAACGAUUUCAUUGUACUUUCCGAAUACAACGUUUUAUUUUAUUUGGAUAGUUAUACCAAAACAAAUCGGAGAAAAACUUCUGAUAGUACCAAUGCUUAAACAAUUUUAAAAUUCCAUUCCUGAAACGAUAUUGUGCCGUUAUGCCAUCUCAUAGUCUAAUAAUUUGACGAAAACAGCGAAAGAAACACUGAUUGGUCUCUUAGUGUAGUAAGAAUUACGUUGCCCUAAUUCAGAACUGCCGGUUCUAUAAGUACCUUUUAGGAAGAAAUAGUAUAAUUCAAUAAUCGGGUUGAAAACGAAUGCUUAGUAUAAACGUUUGAUUAUACCCUUGUCGCUGCUUUAUCAUUGGUUGAACCACCCUCGUGUAAAAAUAAAGACGUUAACCCCUUAUCACAUAUUUAACAAAUUGGCUUUUUAUAAGUUGUUUGUUGUUUGGUAAUUAAUUUUAUUUUUGUUGAUCAUUAAUCACAGCUCGGACAUCAAUCUUCUUUCAUAAAACCGAGGGGUUUUUGGCUGUGGGUUUUCCUUCAAGCGAUUAUUGGAUCAAUACAAUACAAAACCGGCCUUAAAUCUGACGAUAGAAUAUGACAAAGAGAAUUUUUAUAUAAUUGUAUGUAGGUACAUACAGUAAGUUGUUAUGUAUUUGUUUGUAUUAGAUUUAUUAGGUAGCUGUCAAAUUCAAUUGGUAUUUAUGUGAUCCCUUACAAAAAGUAUGAGGGCACAGUAUUCAAAUUGAACAAGAAAGAAAUAAAAUAUGUAUCUGUGGUGGACCUAUACAACUUGACCAAAAUCUGUAGAGUCAUUCCUAUAUAACAUUCGUCUUUUUCAAUGUCUUCCUUCUUUAUCUUUUUUUAUUAUUUUCCUUCUCAUUCACAACGACUUAUUUACAGGAAAAAAUCAAAGUGUGAUAACAUCAAAGACCAAAGUAGAAUGUACUUAAAAGUCUCAAUUUCGAUUUGUAAAUUUUGUAUCUAGCAAUGCUUUCUGUACUUAGAGGAUUUUGCGAAUGUACGCUUUGACAUUUAGGCCUAAUUGAGUUUUCCUUACAAGCAAUGUUUAUUUCUAGUACAGUCCAGUGGAUGCUAUGGCACAUAAGCACCCACUCGUACUAUUUCGUUAAAAACGCAUGGAUCUCUCCAAAUUUAAAUGGUUGAGGGAUCUCUAUGCGUAUAAUCGAUACAUGAUGCUUUUAAUAACUACAGCACUGGUUAAAAUAAACAUUUAUCUAUACUACAAAGAGUGUUCUUUGCCAUGCCUAUUUAGUACAAUAGAUAAUCUAUAGCUGCUGUAUCUUACAGCUCGAUCUUAAACUGAAAUUCGUCCGGAUACUUCUUCACAUUAUUUUAGCGUGAAUGUAUUUAAAUGUUUAAGAUAGCUGUAUGUACGGCUUAUAAUUUUCGAAACAUUACAAAUUUCGAAUCGCUAUUAGUGUAAUCCCCCACGUUUCUCUAUGUAUCUAUCCUGUCUACUAGGAAAUAGUUUCCAUUUUUCAUGUAUCUUUGGCUAAUGUUAUUGAAAGGUGUAUGUCUUUCUAUGUAAUCUUUGGCAAAAUGUGGUAAAUUUUUGACGUUCACUCAAAAUUAAUUUCAUUGCCUACACAAAAGCGUAUAGAUAUACAUUUUAUCCGUCUUCUUAGCGUGUUUGAAAGUUAUUGUAACGGCUAUACCUACUUAUACCAACUUAUUUAGGCAUAACAUAUCUUGGGCAUUUCAAUGCAGGCCAAACGUACCAAUAGAUAGUAGGCGGUUGCUAAAUUGUUGUUGACAAAAUGUUAAAUAUUGAGUUAAAUUAAAACAUGAAGAAUA